AUGUCUGAGCAGGCCUCAGCUGCCAAACAGGCUGCGGCCUUCCCUGAUGGCACCGUCGACUACGUCCCCCUCCGAGAGAGUGGGAAGGCCAAGGCGGCAACUAGCAAGAGCACCGUCCACAUCUCCGAAACGCCCAUGACGUUAUCAAACUGGUACAAGCAUGUCAACUGGCUCAAUACCACACUUGUCGUCUUCAUUCCCAUGAUUGGGCUCAUCGCUUCCUACUGGGUUCCCCUCCACCGAUACACAGCCAUCUGGGCCUUUAUCUACUACUUCAACACAGGUCUAGGCAUCACUGCUGGUUAUCAUCGCAUGUGGUCGCAUUCCGCCUACAAAGGAAACACCCUCUUGAAGCUCUACCUCGCAGCAGUCGGCGCCGGCGCCGUCGAGGGAUCUAUCCGAUGGUGGUCCUACGGACACCGAGUCCAUCACCGAUAUACCGAUACCGACAAGGAUCCCUACUCGGUCCGCAAGGGUCUCUUCUACUCCCACAUUGGCUGGAUCAUCUUCAAGCAGAACCCUAAGCGCCAGGGCCGAACCGAUAUCACCGAUCUCAACGAAGACCCCAUCGUCGUUUGGCAGCACAAGAACUACAUUAAGUCUGCCGUCACCAUGGCUUUCAUCUUCCCCGCUCUCGUUGCCGGCCUUGGCUGGGGUGACUGGGUCGGAGGUCUGGUCUACGCUGGUCUGCUUCGGGUUGGCUUUGUGCAGCAGGCCACUUUCUGCAUCAACUCGCUUGCUCACUGGAUUGGCGAGCAGCCCUUUGAUGACCGAAACUCACCUCGUGACCACAUGAUCACUGCGUUGGUCACUCUGGGCGAGGGCUAUCACAACUUCCAUCAUGAGUUCCCAUCCGACUACCGCAAUGCCAUCAUCUGGUACCAGUAUGACCCAACCAAAUGGUUCAUCUGGGUCUGGAAGCAGCUCGGACUGGCGUACGACCUCAAGCAGUUCCGUCAGAAUGAGAUCGAGAUGGGCCGUGUCCAGCAGUUGCAGAAGAAGCUCGACCAGAAGCGUGCUACUCUCGACUGGGGAAUCCCCUUGGAACAGCUCCCCGUCAUCGACUGGGAUGAGUUCGUCGAAGGCAGCACCAAGAAUGGCAAGGCCCUGGUUGUUAUUGCUGGCGUCAUCCACGAUGUGUCGAGCUUCAUCGCUGAGCAUCCCGGUGGUAAGGCUCUAAUUAAGUCCGCCAUCGGUAAGGAUGCCACGGCCAUCUUCAACGGAGGAGUUUACUAUCACUCCAACGCUGCCCACAACCUCCUCUCGACGAUGCGUGUCGGUGUCUUGCGAGGCGGCUGUGAGGUCGAAGUAUGGAAGCGGGCACAGUAUGAGAAUAAGAAUGUCACAUAUGUGAACGAUUCGGAAGGUCACCGUAUCAUUCGGGCAGGGAACCAGGUGACGAAGAUUGAUCAGCUUGUCGGAAGCGCUGAUGCAGCUUGA